AUGAUGGCUCACUGGCGGGUCGCGGAUUGCGGAUCGUGGACCACAGCCUGCCACGUAUGGCUACGAGCAGCCGACCUGGGCUUCGAUUCAGGGGCGACGCGUGAACGCGUCUUGGCCACGCGGGCAAAACAAACCAUGAACCGCUGCCCGUAUGAGGGCUCCUGUCAUUGGUGCGAUCCAUUCGAAGCCACCAUUAACCUCAUUUACCCUACAGCUUGGUCUGAUCGGGUUGCGAAUGCCUUCAUUACGGCCCUCCCAGGGCGAAUAUACGAGAAACUCCUCAAAAUCUACUAUUUCAAGUAUAUCAAGUUUGGGCGCUGCUUCAACGCUAAACACUACAGCUGGCAGUCUGGCCGUCUCGACGGCCGAGGCGACGACAUCGCUCACUGGGCAGCAGAGAAUGGUCUCCGCCUGCUCAAUCCGACAGACGUGCUCACGAACCCGCAUGGCAACACUAUAGACAUUGCCUUUUCCAACAUAUCCCUGUCAGAGGCUGUGGUGGAGGACCACCCGGCCACCAGUUCCGACCACUUCACGCUCAGUGUGACACUGCCCGACGUGGGCUUGGCGCCAAUAGCACCUGGAAAGGUCCGCGUCACGACGGAAGACGAGAUCAAGCGGUUCGUAGAACUCGUCCAGUAUGGGUCAGCGGACAUCCCAGCUCCGACGACAACUAUCCACGACCUUGAUGCUCUUGCAUCCGCCCUGGUGCGCCUCCUCCAAGUGGCGGCGAAGGUCGCCGGUCGCCCCGUUCGGAAGCAAACCCGCAAAGAGCUUAUCCCCUUGGAUUUUGUCGGGAAGUUCGGCUCGCCAAAAAGGACUUCCAGAAGUGCGUCUGUGUUUAAAGCCGUCCGCUGGCUGAAGUCUCCAGGUGCCUUCCAACCACCGCCGCUCGAGGUAGAUGGCGAAGUAUACGAAACGCAGCUCGACAAAGCAAAUGCUCUUCGACGAGCCACGCUGGAAAGACGAACUUCAGAAGACGCCAUACUCGACCCGUGGAUCCCAGUCACCGCGACAAGACCGAUACCGUUCUCUCAGGAUGUAUCACUAGCCGAGGUGCAGGACGCGACCAUCCGCACGGGAAACACAUCUCCUGGCUCUGACAACAUAAGUGUCAAGAUGCUCAGAGCGGCCUGGCAUAUCAUCGGCGAACAUGUCCGUCGUCUAUACGAGGGAUGCCUCCGACGCGGUCACCAUCCCCAGCCGUUUAGGGAGGCGGAGGUGGUCAUGAUAGCGAAGCCGGGUCGACGAAACUUGUGGACACCGCGUGCCUGGCGACCAAUCUCACUGCUCUCCUGCCUAGGCAAAGGCCUCGAGAGGCUCAUUGCGCGCCGUCUAGCGUGGGCAUCCAUCCAUUACGGUGUACUCCACCCCCAACAACCUGGGGCCCUCCCGAAGAGAUCCGCCGUCGACCUCGUGGCUGCUCUCGUGCACGACAUAGAAGAAGCAUUUGCUCCCUUUGAUACCGCCCUCCGCAACCGACUGAUCCUCCGUCUCCGCCAGCAGGUAUGGCCGGAACACCUCGCACGAUGGGCUGGCUCCUUCAUGUCAGACCGCUCGGCGUGCGUGAGAUACCAAGACAUUACCACGCCCAGUUCCCCACUUCAGUGUGGACUGCCGCAGGGUUCGCCCGUCUCGCCCAUCCUCGUCUUGCUCUACACAGAGCCGAUCUAUCGCCUGGGUAAUCCGAAGGGUCGAUUCGGCUACGCUGAUGACACUGGCAUCCUUUGCGUAGGAAACUCGCUGGAGACGACGGCCGACCGGGCGUCGCGCUAUGUCAGCGAGCUCGUAACAUGGGGCACCGCCAACGGGAUAAGCUUCGAUCCUGCAAAAACCGAGGUCAUGCACUUCUGCCGAACCAAACCCAAAGUGUCCCCGCCUAUCUUCCACGAGGGCGAGAGACGCCUGGAAAAAGCGAUGCGCUGGCUAGGCAUUUGGCUCGACAGCACUCUGACGUUCAAGACCCACGUCGAGAAAUGGACAGCCAAGGCGCAAGCCGUGGCGCACCACUUGCGAGGGCUCGCCAACCAGGGUGGUUUUCCAUACCAAAGUAUGGAAAUACCCUUUCCAUAA